GGGCACGAAAUAGGGCUGGGAACGGGCACGGUGCAUGCAUGAGGCACGGCGUGCCUGGGGCUGGGUGUAAAUUCAAUCGGGCUGCAAACGUGCGUGCAACGUGGUGUGCAUGGGGCUGCACGUGCAUUAAAUCCUGCCUUAAAUGUGCAUGCAUGGUGUGCACGGGGCUGCAUCUGCGUUAAAUCGUACCUGGAAUGUGCAUACGUGGUGUGUACAGGGCUGCACAUGCAUUAAAUCCUACUUUAAAUGUGCAUGCAUGGUGUGCACGGGGCUGCAUCUGCAUUAAAUCCUGCUUUAAAUGGGUGUGGAACAUGUGCACGGGGUUGCACAUGCAGUAAAUCAUACCUUAAUUGUGCAUGCGUGGUGUGCACGGGGCUGCACAUACAUUAAAUCACACCUUAAACGUGCAUACGUGGUGUGUACAGGGCUGCACGUGCAUUAAAUCCUGCCUUAAAUGUGCAUGCGUGGUGUGCACGGGGCUGCACAUGCAUUAACUCCUGCUUUAAAUGUGCAUGCAUGGUGUGCACGGGGCUGCACAUGCAUUAAAUCCUGCCUUAAAUGUGCAUACGUGGUGUGUACAGGGCUGCACAUGCAUUAAAUCCUACUUUAAAGGUGCACGCAUAGAGUGCACGGGACUGCACGUGCAUUAAAUCAUACCUUAAAUAAGCAUGCAACGUGGUGUCCCCGGGGUUAAGCAUGCAUUAAAUCAGGCUGUAUAUAUGCAUAUGGCAUGGGGUGCCUGGGGCUGGGCAUAAAUUAAAUCGGGCUGUAAAUGUGCAUGCAACAUGGUAUACCCAGGGCUGGGCAUGCAUUAAAUCAUACCUUAAAUAAGCACACACCAUGGUGUGUGCCUGGGGCUGGGCAUGCAUUAAAUCAUGCUUUAAACGUGCAUGCCACAUGGUGUGCCUGGGCAUGCAGUGCACAUGUGUUCAGUGUGCAUACGUGGUGCGUCCUAGGGCUGAGCGUGCAUUAAAUCGUGCUGUAAAUGUGCACACAGCGUGGUGCAUCUGGGGCUGGGCGUGCAUCAAAUUGUGCAUUAAACCAUGCAUACAAUACUCUGCAGCUGUGGCUGUGCUUGCCUGAAACUGUGCACUAAAUGCAGAUAAUGUGUUGCAUCUGGGACUUCUCAUUCCUUGUGAAUUAAACGUGCGUACAACAUUUUGCAUUUGAGGCUGAGCAUACAUUCAAUUGUGCAUUAAAUUAAGUAUUAAAUUUACAUAUAACAUGUUGCAUCUCAGGCUGGAUGUGCAUGUAACUGCCGUAUCUUGGCUGUGCAUUCAAUUGUGAAUUAAGUAACAGAUUGAUCAUGCACAUAACGUGCUGCAUCUGCAGCCAGGCGUUUAAUAAACGAUUAGUUAAAUGGCUCAUUAAGUGCCCACGUAGCAUACUGCACUGGGACAGGGCACAGGUUACGUAGCGCCUUGGAUAGCACACUGUGUGUGGUUAAUGUGCUGCACUUGGAGCCAAGCAUACACUAAAUGCACACACAACAUGCUGCUGCUGAUGUUGUGCAGUGCAUGCAGGAUCGCCCUGCUUUCGGUGGCCUCCCACAGCUGGUCUAUGGGAUGGCAGCGGGGUGUUUUGAGAGGUUACAGCCCCCUGAGCAAUGCAUGGGGUGGGGAAGAGGCACCGAGCGUUAAAGCUUUGGGGUUGCAGCUCAGCGUGUCCCUGCUGCUGUGGGGUCAGUACUGGUGCUCCCCAGCACCUUGGGAGGCAUCCCUUGUCUGGUUUGCAGGGGCUGUGGGCAACAAUUGGCAUCUUCCCCCAGUGGGGCGUGAAGCCAGAGAGAAAAGUAUUAAAUGGAGCACAGAAACUUGCCAAAUCCAGAGACUGCAAGGGAGAAAGCAGAGAAAAUGCCAGAAGAAACCACUCUGGGGCACAGCCACAUGCCUGGCCACGGCACAGAAUUGUUCUGCAACUGCAGGAUCAGCCAGUGCCAGAAUUGAAUUUCCUAUCCUGCAGCAUGAGAAGACUCAGGACUAUCCCUUAAGUCUUACUGCAUGGCACCCUGUCACCUCAGCAGCCUGCAGCUCCGUCCUUCACACUCCCUGAACGUCUCAAUCCCUACUUUUCUUCACUCACCAUUAUUUCCACUUCCUUAAUCUUCAUCAACUCACCCGAAAUGUGGGGGAAACCUGGGGGGUCUGGUGGGCUGCCUGUUGCUGUUCACGUCGGGUUGUGGUGGGGGAAGGCAGUCACCCUCCAUGCCAGGGGAGGAUGCUGCACGCAGGACUCAGCGGGGAAGGCAGGCAGCUCCUGCAGCCCCCUGGCUGGGGGGGACAUUGGCACAGCAGGAGUUUCAGGGCAGUCUCACCCAGCACCGGGCCAGGUACAGGUUGGCAGGAGCUCAGAUCUGCUUUCCUACAGGUUGCUUGAGAUGCUGCCAAAUGCUGGGGUCUACUACUUCCCAUGGGAGAUCAACAGCUCCGUGCCAGAGGGGGAGGCACUGAGGACGUUUGGCAGGUUGAGCUGCUACGACCUGGCGCGGUCCGAAGCCAUCCUCAGUGCUCAGCACAGCGAAGCCCAGCACCGCGUCCGCGUGGACACCCGACUGGUGGAACCGUUUGAAGCCCAGCUGGGAUCCCUCUACAUGGUGCUAGGAGAGGCUGAACACAGGGAAGGUGAGAAUCCAGUGAUAAAAGCCCGGAUACUGACCUGCGUGGAAGGGAUGAAUGUGCCCUUGCUGGAACAGGCCGUACAGGAGCAGAGGAAGUACUUCAGUGAGCGGCAGCAGUGGAUGGGAACGGACACAUCCUGAUGGCAGCUCCAAGCCGUGCCGUGAGCUGGUCCCCACCACGGCCACCUGGUAGCACUGCCAUUGGCAACAAACAUCUUGAAAGUGUAUUUAGAAGGUGGGUUUGAAACACAACUGCUUUUUGGCAUGGCAGAGAGAGGUCAGUAAGUAGGGGAACAUGUGAAGACUGUGAAUCAGUAUGUAGUUGCGGAGCUGCCAGCAUGUGGCAGGUGUCAUCACUGAAAAUCACUCAGGGAGACGGGUUUGUUGUUUAAGAGGGUGGGUAAGGAAAGAGCAGGUGAUUUACAACAGUCCUGUUGUGACGCAGGGCUUAGAGAAGUCAGAAAAAGGCAAAGUAUAUGGAGCUGGAGUUAAGCACCUGUGCACACCCCCCACACACACUACCAAGGUGCAGCAGAUAGAAGGUAAAGGCCAUUAGUGCAAAGUUCAUUAGCCCUGCAAGGCUGCGGGUCCAGCACACACAUGUGCUGUGUUGCAGUGACUCAGCUGCCACACAGGAGCAUUCCUGGCAAAACACUCAGGUCUGGACUGAACAAAGGAACAAGAAGGGCGAGGAGUCACUACUUUCGGUAGCACUUAUCUCUACAGGGGUUCAGGAGCUUGUGUUCAAGGCAGGUCGUUGACUUUAGCUCUAAAUUAAAUAUUUGCAGUGCUCUGAGAACCACCACUUUACUUUCUUCCUUGACACAGUUAAGUUUAGGAAACUUUAAACCACUAUUUUUUGGAAGUAUCUAAAGGUUUUGUUUGGUAUGUUCCUAAAUAAAGAUGAAAAGAGAAUGUGA